AAAGAAUGAUAAUUGAUGAUAAAAUCUAAAAGAUCUUGACUUAAAAUGAUUUUUAGAGAGUAAGUGAUAAAUAAAAAUUAUCACGAUCAGAGUUUAGUGAAUAAAGUAAUAAAAGUAAUGGAACAAAUCAAACGAAACCGAAAAAGAGAAGAGUAGUGAAAUUGAAAAAUCAAUUGUUAUCUUCACACGUGAGUCCAGAUAUUCAGAAACUAUAUUAUUAAACAUAGAAAAUAGAGACAGAAUAAUAACAUGGAGGAGAGAGAAUAAUGAUUGAGGAUCAAAAACCGAUAACAUUACCAUCUAUAUAAAAGAAGGAAUAAUUGAUAUCAGAAUAGUCAUCUAAAACUAAUUUGGCUGAUUUGAUAAUUAAUAUCUAAGAGAUAUUCCCAACUGAUCAUUAACUUUGGAGAGAUCUCUAAGUUAGAGAUUAAAGUAUAGAGGAUGUCAUCACAUAGAAUUAGGAUUAUUUUUCAGAUUUAUUAAGUAUUAAAUAUGAUAUAAUAAGCAUUAUAUUUAUAGGAAAUGGAAAUUCAAUCUUUGAAGACCAAGAAAUUGAGAUGUAAAGGUAAAUACAGUACAUAAUAUACUGAUGAUUAUAAUGAUAAAUUUAUGAAGGAUUCAACAUACAUUAAUAGAUGGAUAUAUGAGAGAGCAAAAUAGUAAGCAUCAUUCCUCUAGAAUUCAAGCACAUAUAAUGUACAAUAUCUUUUGUUAUUUUUAAGUAACAUUUCGUGCCAUAAAAAUUUGAAAAGUCUGAUAAUUUUAAGCCUGAUCAUAUACCUAAUUAGAAUCUCAUGUCAUGUUUAUCUUCAUACACAGCUAAUUUUAGAGAUUGGAAAAAAUAAUAUCAUGGUAUCAUUGGGCCAUUUUAUGUUUAAAGUGAUAAGAAAUUACCAUUUAUUGCUGAUACUAAUUAUACUCGUAAUUUUGUUACUUAAAAAUAUGAGAAACAAGAUCCAAUAAUUCCUAAACCAUUGUAUUUUUAUUAAGUUAAUUUAAUAAGAGGUCCAUUUCCAGUAGAAACUCAAUCUUUGAUUCGUGACACUACUCAUAAAAGUCAAUUCUCGUUACCAUUGAAUUGGAUGGAAAAUUAAUAAAUAAUCAGUCCUCGAAAUAUAGAGAUGAAAAGUUAUGAUGGAUAUCAACCACACUUCAAUAAAUAAUAAUCGCCUUAAGUAAUAAACUCGUUUGCUGAUCGAUUCUUCCAUUCUUCAGUCGUUUAGUAAUUGAUGAAAAAGAAUCAAAAAUAAAUGAUCAAUUGA